AUGGGUAUAAAACAGUUAUCGGUGAUACUAAAAGAACAUUGUAAAAAAGGUGUUAAAGAAAAACAAGUAGGAUCAUUUGCUUUUAAAAAGGUAGCAAUUGAUAUAUCAAAUUUUAUUUAUCAAUUUCUUAUAGCAGUUAGAUCGGGUGGUAGUGCUUUAGGUUAUGGUGAUACUACUACUUCACAUCUCGUUGGAAUGUUUUACAGAACAAUUCGUAUUGUAGAAUCGGGCGUGACACCAAUCUUCGUAUUUGAUGGUAAACCACCUGAACUUAAGCUUUACGAAUUGAAGAAAAGGAGCGAUCGGCGCGAUAAAGCAGAGGAACAACUUAAGCUUGCCAUGGAAGCUGAAGACAAAGCCGAAAUUGAAAAACAGACAAAAAGAAAAAUCAAAGUAAGUGAAGAACACGUUAACGAUUGUAAAAGAUUGUUAAAACUUAUGGGUAUACCGUAUUUGACUGCUCCUAGCGAAGCAGAGGCAUUUUGUGCCUAUCUUUGUAAAGUUAAAUGUGUUGAUGCAGUAGCUACCGAAGAUAUGGAUGCACUUCCAUUUGGUGCGCCUGUUCUUCUUAGGGGAUUUUCAUCAGCUGCUGUUAAAAAAACGCACGUCACAGAAUAUAAUUUACAAACAUGUCUUGGUGAACUUGACAUGAACUUGCCUGAAUUUAUUGAUUUAUGCAUUUUACUAGGUUGUGAUUACACGAAGUCGGGGAAAGGAAUUGGACCGAAAAAAGGAGUGAGUUUAAUUAAAAAGUACAAAUGUAUUGAAAAGAUAUUUGAACAUGAAAAAAUGGAAUUAAGUCCAAAUUUCGAGUAUCAAAAAGCAAGAGAAAUAUUUAAUGAAUUGUCAAAUAUACCUGUAGAAACCAAUGUAUCAGAAUUUACUAUAAAAUGGGAUGAUAUAAAUUUAGAAGAAGUUAAAAAAUUUUUAGUAACUGAAAAGGCAUUUGACGAAAAAAGAGUCAUAAAUGGAAUAAAAUUAUUAAAAAGUUGUAGAAAUAAAUCUAAACAAACAAGUUUAGAUAAAUUUUUAAGAAAAAAAUGA